CUGACGUAAGAAAAUUGUAGAAAGAUGGCGACGUAUUUGAAACGGACGUCAAAAUUGUUUGAUGUCUCGUCGUUGCAGGCGUCGACAGAGAUGAAUUUACGCGAUGUUAUAUGUCCAGUGUGUCGUGGAAUAUUAAUUGAACCAGUGACAUUACCGUGCACCCAUAGCCUGUGCUUAAGAUGUCUAAAAGGUACAUUCGAACACAAUAGCCUCAGCUGUCCACUGUGUAGAGUUCGAGUUGGUUCGUGGCUUAGGAGUGCAACUAAAUCUGAAACUCUUAUUAACAGUGAACUCUGGCAUUUGAUACGUUCUCGUUUUCCAAAAGAAAUCGAGGAUAAACGUUGUGAUCACGAUAAUGAAAUUCCAACUGAUCCUGGUUAUCCACCCAAGAUCAUUAGUGCAGCAGGUGAAAUUCGACGAGAGUACGAAAGGCAGCUUCAAAUUGCAGAAGAAGAAAUGCGAAUACAACGUAAAGCUGAGAUCAUGGCGAAUGAAGCAUUAAUACGAAGAUUACAAGAAGAAGAAGAGCAAAAGGUGGCACAAUGUGCCCAAGAUCAGUUGCUAGCGAAGAAACUAGCGAAGAAGCAGUUAUUGACUAAAGAGAAAAAUGGCAUCCUCUAUAAUAAGAGCACGAACAUAGAAAUUCCCAGUAAUGAAAUUGAAAUAUUGCCACUGAAUAGUGGCUCUUCAACUAUAAACAGCGAUUCCAUUUGUCAUACAAAAAAUGAGGGAAAUGAUAUUUCUAAAAUAGAUUCUAAUUUUCAUCUUGAAAAAUCAUCAAAAUCGUGUGGAAAUUUAAUUCUAGAUCUGAAGCUUGCAGCAAAUAGAACAGCCUCAAGUCAAGCUCCUAUUUCUGUUCAUAACGUUGUAACAUUGAAAAAUCAGUCUGUUAUGUCGAUACAAAAAUUAAAUCCAAAUUAUUCGGAGCCAAGCUGUUCAAAUUCAAAGAUUUAUGGUACCAGGAGUGAAGAAGAGUUACGUGUACCAAGUGAUGUUUUGUCGAGUACUAAAAGUGUUGGCAUUGAAUUUUGUAUUAAAACAGUGAAAAAUGAUGAUGACAGAAUCGGUAGUGCUGAAAGCGCUGGUAGCCAUGACAGUAUAAAUCAGGAGAUUCAUCAUUUUAAACCGAUUAAAGCAGUACCUAGAACAGCGCUGAAAUUUUCACAAGAUGGAAAACAAAUUGAUCCGAAAUUAAUUCGAGUUGUGCCAAUAUUUGAAAGUGUCUCCAACGUACGUCCCAAACCACCAACCCCCAGUAAACGAAUAAUUGGCUGUUCUUGGAGUGCAUUCAGAGAAUUUAUGAUUGCAGGUAAAGCCAAACAAAAUCCUCAGGCUGAUGGUGAUGCAGUGUGGCAAGCUGCAAGUCUCAAUGAACCUUGUCAAAAAUUCAAAACAAGAAAACCAGAAAGUGUCCGAAAGAUAGAUCUUGCUCAAGACAUAUCAUUCGAUAAUAAUAUCAACUGUGGGAAAGGGAUGGAUCGAAUAUUGAACGGGACUAAAGUGAAAUUAAUAAUGGAGAAAGAGACUGACAAUUCUGCGGAUAAGACCUGGAAAAAAUUCAAGAAUUCGAACGAGAGAAAUGAGUUUAGUGCAGAUGAAAAUUUCUCACCAAGUUGGAGCCAAGCGUUACUGAAAAUGCCUUUGAGUGAUGAGAAUGGUGCGGCUGUUGAAAAUAUAGCAGAGAGAAUAAAAAAGAGGAAGGUAGCACAGUCUCAUACGAUUGAUCCAAUUACCAAUCAAAUUCCGAGUCCUCGGGAAACACGGAGCAGAAUUCUGCCAUCACGUAAAAAAAAAGGGAAUUCAUCCUCAAAAUCUAAGAGGAAAAUGGCAGCAAAGUCCAAGAAUUUGAAAGUACAAUUCACCACUAAAACUGAGAUAAUUACAUCUCCAGUAAUUGUAGAUGUUGAAAUGAAGACGAUAAAAGCGACUAGGAAGUCAUCAAGAUCGAAAUGUAAAGGAGUUGGUGAAUCAACUGAAAAAAUAUAUAGAGAAACAAAUGGAAAUCUGGAUGACAUGGCAAUUGAAGAACAGGGAAAAAUGGAGAGAAUUUUGCGACAAGAGAAAGAGGACUAUGAGUUUGCCCAGAGAUUGCAAGCUCAAUUUAAUGAAGUUGAGAGUAUUUCGUAUAGAACAAGGGGAUCAAAACGCGCGUUUGAGUCUGGUAAAAUAGAACGAGGGAUUGAUAAAAUAUCGAUUGCUGAUAGAUUACUCGUAAAUAAUGUUAAUACUGCCAAUACAUCCAGUGCUGCAAAGAUGAGACGGAGACAGAAACGGCAUUAGACAUUUCCAAGAAACAUCCGAGCUAAAUUCCCAGUGGAAUGUAGAAAACAAAUAAUUUAGCUUAAUUUCGUGCACUUAUUAAGUGAAUCUAUGUUUUCAUUUGCAUACAUGAUAUUGAUAGUGGAGUGAUGAAGGGUAAUCGAUAGAAGAUUAAUUUUUAUCUGUAUAUAUCAUACAAUUGAAGUACUCAAAAUUGUGUAAAGAAAAUUCGUCAAAUUAGAAGUGACAGUCCAACGCUGUGUGUAUUAGAUAAAACAAUCGUUGAUAUUUCGAAAGUAAGAACGAAGUAUUAAGGAUAACCAGACGAGGUAGAGGGAAUUUAAAAAAUGCAGACAGUGGUAUGAAUCUUUUUAAAUACAUUGAUGAUUUUACUGAGCAGCAGUGUGAAAAAUUUCAUAUAGCCUAAGAGCAUGGUAGCAGCUGAAAAAAAUUCAAAACUAUUCCGCAUACAUAAGGUUAAAUGGGGAUUAAUAACCGUUACAUUAUUGCAAAUUAUUGCUUAAUUAAUUCAUCAGUGUGUUAAAUAAUUAAUUUAUAACAUUAGCUGCUUUUUUUACAUUCGACCUCUACCUCGCCAGAUUAUCAUUAAAAAAGCUGAAUCUCAACAGUUUAUCAUUGUUGCAAAAGAAAAAGAUGUGUUGACAUUUUUUUUUUAAUCUACGCCUGCUUUUAUUUUUUUAUCCAAAGUGCUUUAGAUGGAGGUAUAAGGGUGACAACAUUAGGUCUUUAUAAAAAAAGGAAUAAUUUUAUAAAUUCGUAUAGGAGACUUCGCUUGUUGUUACCUUUCGAGACGUCACUACUGAUAUAAUGUAUUUUAAGUAGAUUAAAAGUGGAUCCAUUAUUGUAAAUAAAUUUCCAAUGGUGUGUCUCUCCAAUUUUUUUUAAUGCGAAAUAUCCUGUAGAGGGCCACCACCAGAAAUGUAUGCGAGAUUUCUAGAAUCUCGUAGAUUUUAAUUAAUCGUAAAAUUGUAAAUAUGCAAAGUGAAAAUCGAUCUUUAAUAAAUUACAAAUUUUUAUUUGUA